GAUAAGUUGGCCAAGGAGGCAGAACUAAACAAUUUACAAAUGUCAAUUGAGAAGGAGCACGCCAAGCGUUUGGAACUGGAUGGAAAGAUAACUCAGGAAUUGCGCAACCGACUGACUAUGAAAAAAGCAGCCGAAUAUGUAAAGAAACUGACGACUAAGGUCGAGGAUCAGAGCCGAGAGCUAGAGACCAAGGUAUGA